UUUGGUCAGUGGCUGAAUUGUGUGGUGCUGAUUUGCUACUCGGACAUCUCCAGUCUGCUUCCACCAAAUUUAAAACUUGCUUUUUGUUUCUGCCGGUCACUUUGAUUCUGGUUCAUGUGGAACCAGUGGGAAAUGUUCUGAAGGAGGAAAGCGCAAAGCACAGCAGAGCUCCAGGUGACGGUGAGCGGUAGACGGGGGAGGCUGUUCAGGCAGUGAGUUAAAAGGUUCACGGCUUCAUUUCCAUGACUGGACCAGACUUCCCUAAACAACUCACGUGCUGGACGUCAGUUUGUGGGCUCUCUGGAGCAAUAGCUACUGCGUUUUCCUGGGCUUUCUUCUCCUUUUUAAAAAAUGUCCUAGGGCUUAUUACUGUGUCUAAGUAGUCAUCACUCCAUGUAGGAAGCUCAUCUUGUGUGCUGAUAACAGAAAAGAGAUGGAAGAUUGGAUUGCAGCACUGAAGACUAUCCAGAACAGGGAGCAUUUUGAGCCUACCCAGUACAGCAUGGACCAUUUCUCAGGGAUGCACAACUGGUACGCCUGUUCCCACGCGCGGCCGACUUAUUGCAACGUGUGCCGGGAGGCCCUGUCUGGGGUCACAUCCCACGGGCUGUCCUGUGAAGUGUGCAAAUUUAAGGCCCACAAACGGUGUGCUGUGCGCGCAACCAAUAACUGCAAGUGGACCACGCUGGCCUCCAUUGGAAAGGACAUCAUUGAGGACGAGGAUGGGAUUGCCAUGCCCCACCAGUGGCUGGAAGGAAACCUGCCUGUGAGUGCCAAGUGCACAGUGUGUGACAAGACUUGUGGCAGCGUGCUGCGCCUACAGGACUGGCGCUGCCUCUGGUGCAAGGCCAUGGUUCACACGUCAUGUAAAGAAUCCUUAGUGACCAAGUGCCCACUGGGCCUGUGUAAGGUGUCGGUCAUCCCUCCCACGGCCCUCAACAGCAUCGACUCGGACGGCUUCUGGAAGGCCACAUGUCCUCCGUCUUGCACAAGCCCACUGUUGGUCUUCGUCAAUUCAAAAAGUGGGGACAACCAGGGUGUGAAGUUCCUAAGAAGAUUCAAACAGCUGCUGAACCCUGCCCAGGUCUUUGACCUCAUGAAUGGAGGACCACACCUUGGCUUACGGUUAUUCCAGAAGUUUGACACGUUUCGGAUUCUGGUUUGUGGUGGGGAUGGCAGUGUUGGCUGGGUCCUCUCUGAAAUCGACAGCCUCAACCUUCACAAACAGUGCCAGCUGGGGGUGCUGCCCCUCGGGACAGGGAACGACCUGGCACGUGUGCUUGGCUGGGGCUCGGCCUGUGAUGACGACGCCCAGCUCCCCCAGAUCCUGGAAAAGCUGGAAAGAGCGAGCACCAAGAUGUUGGACAGGUGGAGCAUCAUGGCGUACGAGAGCAGACUCCCUCGGCAGGCCUCCUCCUCCACCGUCACUGAAGACUUCAGUGAGGAUUCUGAGGUGCAGCAAAUUCUGUUCUAUGAAGACUCGGUGGCAGCCCAUCUUUCUAAAAUCCUGACCUCGGACCAGCACUCAGUGGUGAUCUCAUCAGCCAAAGUGCUAUGUGAGACCGUGAAGGACUUUGUGGCCCGGGUGGGGAAGGCCUACGAGAAGACGACUGAGAGCUCCGAGGAGUCAGAGGCCAUGGCCAAGAAGUGCUCGGUCCUGAAAGAGAAGCUGGACUCUCUCCUCAAGACCUUGGAUGAUGAGUCCCAGGCCUCGUCCUCUCUGUCCAACCCGCCCCCCACCAUUGCCGAGGAGGCUGAAGAUGGAGACGGGGCGGGCAGCAUCUGUAGCCCCUCCGGGGACCGCUCAGUGGGGUCGGCGUGCCCGGCCCGGCCCCAGAUAUUCCGGCCUCGGGAGCAACUCAUGCUGAGAGCCAACAGCCUGAAGAAGGCAAUUCGCCAGAUCAUAGAGCACACGGAGAAAGCUGUCGAUGAGCAGAAUGCCCAGACCCAGGAGCAGCAGGGGUUCGUCCUUGGUCUCUCUCAGUCAGAGGAGAAGACGGAUGACAGGGUGUGCCCACCGCUGUCCCACAGCGAGAGCUGCGGGGUCACCAAGGGGAGGAGUCAGCGCAAAGUGUCUAAAUCCCCAUGUGAAAAGCUGAUCAGCAAAGGAAGUUUGUCUCUGGGCAGCUCUGCCUCUCUUCCUCCCCAGUCAGGAAGCCGGGACUGCCUGCCUGCGCUAAACACCAAGAUCCUGUACCCACAUGUCCGGGCCGGGAUGUCUGGUUCCUUGCCUGGGGGCUCAGUCAUCAGUCGCUUAUUAAUUAAUGCUGAUCCCUUUAACUCCGAACCAGAAGACCUAGAGUAUUAUACAGAGAAGUGUGUCAUGAACAACUAUUUUGGCAUUGGCCUGGAUGCAAAGAUAUCUCUGGACUUUAACAACAAGCGUGAUGAGCACCCAGAGAAAUGCAGGAGUCGAACCAAGAACAUGAUGUGGUAUGGAGUCCUCGGUACCAAAGAGCUGCUGCACAGAACCUACAGGAACCUGGAGCAGAAGGUGUUGCUGGAGUGUGAUGGACGACCCAUCCCGCUCCCCAGUCUUCAGGGAAUCGCUGUGCUUAACAUUCCCAGCUAUGCCGGAGGGACCAACUUCUGGGGGGGCACCAAGGAGGAUGAUACUUUUGCAGCUCCGUCAUUUGAUGAUAAGAUUUUGGAAGUGGUGGCCGUGUUUGGCAGCAUGCAGAUGGCUGUCUCUCGUGUGAUCAAGCUGCAGCAUCACCGGAUCGCACAGUGUCGCACAGUGAAGAUUUCCAUCCUGGGGGAUGAGGGCGUGCCUGUGCAGGUGGAUGGAGAGGCCUGGAUCCAGCCCCCAGGGUACAUUCGGAUUGUCCACAAGAACCGGGCCCAGACGCUGACCAGAGACAGGGCGUUUGAGAACACCCUGAAGUCCUGGGAGGACAAGCAGAGGGGUGAGCUGCCCCGCCCGCCCUCUUUCUCUCUGCACCCCGAGAUCCUGUCUGAGGAGGAGGCUACCCAGAUGGACCAGUUCGGGCAGGCGGCAGGGGUCCUCAUUCACAGUAUCCGGGAAAUAGCUCAGUCCCACCGAGACGUGGAACAGGAACUUGCUCAUGCUGUCAACGCCAGCUCCAAGUCCAUGGACCGCGUGUAUGGCAAGCCUAGAACUGCCGAGGGAUUGAACUGCAGCUUUGUCCUGGAGAUGGUGAAUAACAUCAGGGCUCUGCGCAGUGAGACGGAGCUGCUGCUGGCUGGGAAGAUGGCCAUGCAGUUGGAUCCCCCUCAGAAGGAGCGGCUCGGAGCUGCUCUUGCCGAGAUGGACCGACAGCUCAGGAAGCUGGCUGACACCCCCUGGCUCUGCCAGCCCGUGGAGCCUGGUGAGGAGGAGAGCGUGAUGAUGGACCUUUCCAAACGCAGCCGCAGUGGUAAAUUCCGCCUCGUGACCAAGUUUAAAAAGGAGAAGAACAACAGGAACAAAGAAGCCCACAGCAGCCUGGGAGCCCCGGUUCACCUCUGGGGGACAGAGGAGGUUGCUGCCUGGUUGGAGCACCUCAGUCUCUGUGAGUAUAAGGACAUCUUCACACGGCACGACAUCCGGGGCUCUGAGCUCCUACACCUGGAGCGGAGGGACCUCAAGGACCUCGGCGUGACCAAAGUGGGCCACAUGAAGAGGAUCCUGUGUGGGAUCAGGGAGCUGAGCCGGAGCGCUCCUGCCGCCGAGGCCUAGCCUUCGCCCUCUCGGCCUGUGUCCUCUGCUCCCCCCACCACUGAGGGUGCCGCUGCCGCCACCGCUGCAGCCCUGACCCUUCUCACGGUGCUACUCCUUUGUCUGCGACAGGAAGCCUCUCUGACGCCCGUUCGUGACAGCUCUGGGGUCUUGAACAUACCAACAUAGCUACCUUGAAACAACACUUUCCCAACUCGGAGCCAUUCAGGGCAAACUGUGUCAUGUCCACCCUCAGCUCCCACCUACCUGUGUCACGGGCCAUGGGGACGCUGGCGAAGUCUAGCCUCCCGGGCACCAGGCACUCAUGCAGAACCCACCUGCCUGGGCCACAUGCUCAGAUUGUCCUGUGGGCUCCUCUCCUUGUGUCCUUCAAUAGCACUAUUUCCUGGCUCCUGCUGGAAGCGUGGUUGGGACCAGCCUGAGGUGGUCCCACAGCAAAACGUCCUCUGUGCCUGACAGCCACCUCGUGGUUCUUCUCAGCAGCCCCACGAGGCAGCCCACUGCUGUCGCCCUGUUAAUUAAUAAGGUUUUUAAAAAAACAAAGGUCCUGCUCUUUCCUGGUUUGAAAGUGGCAUGGAUAUGUCCCCAGUCCUGUUUGUUAUAAUUUGACAUGAAGGGAAAGAAAAAAUGCCUCUCAAUGCAAGCCAGCAGGCAACUGCAGCGUUCCGGUCUUCAGUCCGUCGCCUAUGAGCUGUGGGUGUGGGGUCGUGGUCCCUUCUGUCCCUACAGGACGCCAUAGGCCUCUGGAGUCUACCCGGGGCCAUGAGUGGGACCGGCCCCACUGCCAGCCAGUCUCCCCGGGACAGAGGGUGUGUGCGCAUUAGUGCGGUACUCCUGUGUAGAAAGGCUUCCUGGCUCGGGAGACUUCCUGCCGUUCUGUGGGAGAAGCAGCUGGUUCCCAGGCAGUGUGUCCCCGGAUGGACACGGACAGCCUGGAGGCUGUUUUGGGAGUGUCUGACCCUGCAAUGGCUUCUUGUCUCCUGCUACCAGGCCUGGUGUCCCUGAAGGCGUCACCAGGGACCCUGACCCGAUGGCCCAUGCUGCUCCUGCUCUGCCUCAGCCCCAGGUGUGAGCUGCAGCCCUGGGCAGGGCCAGCUCCUAAGCAGCCGACAGUGAUGCCAAGAGCACAGAGCUCCCUCGGGGGGAGGGCUGAGCCCUGUGGAGACAGUGCCCAGGCGGGGGCACCCCUUGCUUCUGCCGACACCUCUUCACCUGUUACAGGGACUCGUAACAGGCCCUGGGAGGGGUUUUCUAGGACCCGGCCCCGGUGCCCUGGCUGAGGAGGGAACGUGUCUGCCUGGCUGCCAGGCUACGGCCCAACGCUCUCCAUAGACGAGCACCAUUCAGAGGUGCCUGCGAGCCAGGCGUGUGUGCGGGCCGGGGUCUGCAGCACCCCGGGUGCUGAGGGGCGGACCGUGGACGCUUCUGUGCCUGCCACUUGCUUUGCAGACCCCUCUGUCCACGUUUCCCCUUAGCAGGGUACACCAGGUGGAUCCCCUCACAGUCCUGGCCCUGCCUCUGUGGUCUGGGGUGCUUGCUGCCUUCUGCUGGUCCCCCCAGGGGCGAUGCUUGGGCCGAGUCCCCUGAGAGUGUGGCAAGAGAGGGCGCGCUUCCACUGUCAUGGCCGCCUGUCCUUGUGUGUGACGUGUGGUGUUAGGAUUUUUGGGUGAAAUAAUCUCAUGCUCCGUACAUUGGAAGUGAUAUUGGGAGCAAAACAGUUGUGAAUCACCUUUCCCACCUGUGAUUCUGUUUCUCGCAGGACAGCCAUUUUAGAUGGAAGUAGGUGGAGGAAGAAAUAACCGAGCCACAGCAGUCACUUAAUUUCCCACGUGCAGAAGGCUCGCAGUUGAUGGACACGUGUCUUGCGGUCCUAGCACAGUGGGGCGGCGCACCCUGGGCUCCGAGGUUCCCAGGGCAAGCCCUGGUGAGGGGACACGAGGACAAGAAGCUGAUGGCAGUUUGGGGGCCUCCCAGGGCCCAGCAUUUGGCACCAGGGCCACCCAAGUUCUCAGUUUCCUCCUCUGGGGAAAGCGUUGCGUUUGGUUCAAGAGUGUUGUUUAAAAUUUAUGUGUUGUCAGUGAUUAAAACAGUACUGUUUACGUAAAAACCAUUUUUCUAAUUCUAACAAGUUAGAAAAGUAAUGGACAUGCACGUUGUAGGGAACUGCCAGGCUGGUGUCCCUGCGCAUCGUGGCGUCCCUGGCUGCCUGUGGGGCUGCUCUUCUGCCUGCCCCGUGUCCAGGGUCUGGGGGCCCAGCUGUCCUGUCCAGUAGAGGAAAGAAGGAUUCCUGAAGUCUUGGAGAAAAGGUUUUGUGCCCUUGGCGGGCCUUCCCCCUCCUAUUUAUAAUCUUAAUUUAUGCAGCGACCACCUUGGAAGCGAACGCCUCUCGUGGUGUUGUGUGCAUAGUCCCUACCUGCGUGGUGUAAAUACGUCGUUCCGGGUACAAAUAA